GGAUUCACCGAGAGCCCACCAGCCUAUGCAUCCCUGCCGCCCGAGAAAAUCCUUGGGCAGAUGAAGACCGGCAUCAACUUCGCAUCAGGAGGGUCAGGACUCCAGGAUCAGACGGCUUUAUUGCAGUGCGGGAGAGUGUACACGAUGACGGACCAGCUGGAGAAGUUCACGUCUGCCGUUCAGAUGAUGGGGAACAGCUCGUACGACCUCAUCUCCAGGUCCCUCGUCUUCAUCAGCGUCGGCAGCAACGACCUGUUCGAGUACGUGGACGGCAACGCCACCCUGUCCCCUAGCCGCAACGACACCGCGUUUCUGGAAGGCCUCGUAGCCGCUUACAAGAGCUACCUGCAGGAGCUGUAUGCAGCCGGGGCGAGGAAGUUCAGCAUCGUGAGCCCAUCAAUGGUGGGUUGCUGCCCAUCGCAGAGGUUCGCCGGGGCGGCAAAGAAGGACCUGGACGGGUACCGUUGCUUCGGCACGGCCAACGACCUCUCCAGGCAGCUGUACCCCAAGCUACAGUCGAUGCUUCAGGACCUGAGCGUCGAUCUCGCCGGCAUGAACUACUCCAUCUGCGACUCGGCCGCCAUGGCCGAGACUGUCCUCAAACACGCCGCCUCACCUACAUUGAACCUGACGGUGCUGGACACGGGGUGUUGCGGCGGCGCCGGGCUGUCCGGGGAUGGCAAGUGCACCAAGUUCGCUUCGCUGUGCCCGAACCGCGACAACUACCUCUUCUGGGACGGCUUCCACCCAACGCAGGCGGCAUCGGCGGAGGCCGCGUUCGCGCUCGCCACCGACCCAGGGCUCUACGUCCGCCCCAUCAACAUCACGAGGCUGGCGGCGCUCUAG